GUUGGGUAUUCCUAAGAUCAGAUUCAUUUUUAGCAACUUUUUUUCUCUUAUAUGCCAUUAUCAUGAUCCUGUGCCUUUCUUCAAAAUAUUCUGGAUGGAAUUUUCAUCUAUGGGAUUCACUCGGCUUAAAGAA